AUGUCGGGGUUAAGUACUGACAUUGUAGUCCAUCGCCUUCUUAUAAGAGAAGAUUGUAAGCUAGUGCAGCAAAAGCUUAGAAGGAUGAGGCCUGAUAUCGUGUUGAAGAUAAAAGAAGAGGUCCAGAAGCAGUUUGAUACCGGGUUUCUGCAAGAAGUCAAGUAUUCUGAGUGGGUGGCCAACAUCGUACCAGUUCCAAAGAAAGAUGGGAAAAAACAUAACCCUGGUACUUGGGAUGAAGAAUGCAAAAAAGCUUUCAACAAGGUGAAGCAGUAUUUGUCUAAUACUCCAGUGCUGUCACCACCUAGCCCGGAUAGGUCGCUGAUAUUGUAUUUGAUAGUAUUUGAUAAUUCCAUGGGAUGUGUGCUAGGCCAGCAUGAUGAAACGGGGAGAAAAGAAAGGUUAGACCCGUUAAAGUAUAUGAUAGAGUCGACUGCUUUGAAUGGGAGGAUGGCCCGGUGGCAGAUUCUACUGUCUGAAUUCGAUAUCGUCUAUGUGAGUCAAAAAGCUGUAAAAGGGAGCGCAAUAGCUGACUUUCUGGCUAGCAGGGCUUUGGAAGAUUACGAACUGUUAAGCUUUGAUUUUCUGAAUGAGGACUUGUUGUAUGUAGCCGCUAUUGAAAAAAAUCCCCAAGAAGGUCACAGUUGGAAGCUAAACUUUGAUGGAGCCUCGAACGCUGUGGGCAAUGGAAUUGGGGCAGUCCUGGUGUCCCCGAUUGGUGAUCAUUAUCCUUUCACUUGCAAAUUAGAUUUUGAUUGUACAAACAACAUGGCAGAAUACGAAGCAUGCAUCAUGGGUAUUCGUGCAGCUAUAGAGCGAAGAAUCAAAGUGCUAGAGGUCUAUGGAGAUUUAGCAUUGGUGAUAUAUCAGCUCAAGGGUGAAUGGGAAACGAAGGAUCCCAAAUUAGUUAAUUAUCGAAAUUUGGUCCUUGAAUUGAUUAAGGAGUUUGAGGACAUCACUUUUUGCUAUCUCCCACGAGAUGAGAACUAG